AUGGAUGGAGCUAAGAGUAAGCAACAGCUCAGCAUUCGGCGAACGACAUUGCUUGCGUCACUGAGCCGAGCCCAGCAGUUUCUACAGGGGUACGUGGCCGACCGCGAUGCUCUGCAAGUGGCCAUUCGGUUGGAGAAUUUAGAAGUUUUAUGGCAAGGUCUGGAGGAUACUCAAACGGCUCUGGAGGAGAUGGAAACAGAUAACGAAGCGAUGAAUCGAGGCUAUAGCAACACGGGUGGAAAUUCACAGCAUUCAGCACAAAUAAACGUGGCAACGUCAACUAUCGAGCAUUUCACACCGCAAUCAAUCGCGGCUAUCAACGAAGUUCAAGGGUCGAAAAUUCUCGCGCACGCAGCACGAAAUGAGAAUGUGUUUAUGCUCACUGUAGUUCUAAUCAUCGUUGAUGCCUACGGUCAAAAUCAUUUUGCUAGAGCCUUGUUAGACUUCGCAUCACAGCCCAACAUAAUCAGCGAACGAAUGGCUCAAAUUCUCCGGCUCAAGCGAAAUAAGGUGAACGUUCAGCUUCAUGGUCCAGGUGGUAUUGCAGUUCGUUCCACCGACUCAGUGUUCACCCAAAUUCACUCUAGGAAAGAAAACUUUUCGCGUGACGUAGAGUUCUUGAUCCUACCGCGAGUAACAGCUGAUAUGCCUGCGAGCGAUAUUUCGAUUGAUAACUGGAGCAUCCCCAAAGACCUUUUCCUGGCAGAUCCAAACUUUAACAAGCGAGCAGAAGUUGAUAUGAUAAUCGGCCUUUCACAUUUCUUUGCUUGCUUUAAAACUGCUGCACGCGUGCAUUUGGCACAAGAUUUACCCGAGUUAGUUGACAGUGUCUUCGGUUGGAUUGUCGCAGGCUCAGGUGAUCAUAUUCCCAACUCUGCUGAUCAAGUGCAGUGCAAUGUUUCAACAACUUGUCUCGUCUCUCUCGAAGAAAACUUAGAGCGCUUCUGGAAAAUAGAGGAACUUCCCCCGCACUCGGAUUAUUCUGUCGAAGAACGCCAAUGUGAGACUAUCUACGCAUCAACCGUCACAAGGGACAGUACUGGCCGAUAUACUGUGCGCCUACCACGCCAUCCGGACUUUGAUGCCAGGGUAGGGAACUCCAAACUGGCGGCGCUUCGAAGAUUCAAACUUCUAGAGCAAAGGCUCGAUCGAAAUCCCACACUGAAGAAAGAGUAUCACGACUUCAUGAAAGAAUACCUCACUCUCGGUCAUAUGUGCCAAACCCCCAAGGACGAUGAGCAAAAUUUCAAAGCCACACGCACCUUGCAGCAGUUAGCCGACGACGAAGGCGUGGCUUAUCCCAUCGCAGAGCCAAUUCUACGCAAAGGGUUCUACGUAGACGACUGUUUAGGCGGUGAACAAUCGGUUGAAAAGGCAAUUCAGCUGCGUGACGAAUUAAUCGAGCUACUUCAGAAAGGUGGAUUCAGUCUGCGAAAAUUCACGUCCAACAAAUUAGAAGUUCUACAUGGCCUGUCCCCAGAGCAAGUAGGCACACAAUCAUCUCUUACUUUCACCUCCCAAGAAACGGUCAAAACAUUAGGAGUAGGCUGGGAACCUGAACACGACAUGCUUCGUUUCGAGUCCAACGUAAAGCACCCCGAGGAUGUUGCAACCAAAAGGUCGAUUUUAUCGUCCAUUUCGCAGCUCUUCGAUCCGCUUGGACUAAUAGCACCAGUUGUGAUACGUGGGAAGCUGCUUAUGCAAGAGUUGUGGUUGAUGCAAAGUGAAUGGGAUCAACCAGUUCCAACGAUUAUCAAAGAGAAAUGGUACGCGUACUAUAAGAAUCUUCCUAAAAUUGCCGAAUUUCGCACCGAACGCUAUGCUUUCUUGCCGAAUGCUUCAGUUAAACUGCACGUGUUUUGUGAUGCUUCAGAAGCAGCCUUUGGAGCAUGUGUCUACGCACGGUCAGCCGAUACCAAAGAAAACAUAAGAGUUCAGCUACUUGCAUCUAAGUCUCGGGUCGCCCCCUUGAAAAGAAUUACUCUGCCUAGACUUGAACUUUGCGCUGCUGUCAUUGGCGCCCAGCUACAUGCGCAUGUGGUGAAUGCUCUUCAAAUCGAAAUUAGCGAAUCUCGAUUUUGGUCAGAUCCGACGGUGGUACUCCAGUGGUUACAGUCUCCACCAAACACAUGGAAGACGUUCGUUGCCAAUAGGGUUUCUGAAUUACAAUCCAGCACUCACGGCGCACGAUGGAGUCACAUUUCCGGUAAGGAAAAUCCGGCAGAUUUGAUAUCCCGAGGAAUGAGAAUGGACGAUUUCCUUUCAAGCGAUUUAUGGAAACAUGGCCCACACUGGCUUCGUCAAGCAGAGAAUGAAUGGCCUGCUCCGACAAUGCUCCCGGCGUUAACCGACAACGUAGAGGUUAAAAAAGUUUUCGUCGCCGUGAUUCAUAACAAACCGGGGGUUAAUCCAAUGUUUACCCGCUAUUCGUCGCUUGAUAAAUUGAUUCGCGUAACUGCGCACUGUCUUCGAUUUGUCGGUAACAUGCGCUCUAAAACUCGCACGCAUCCUAGCGUUACGACUGAUUUGCUCCCCGGCAAGUGUUUAUCGGCAAAACGAAUAUCGGAUGCCCAAUCACACUUAGUACAACUUGCUCAAGCGGAUGCAUUCCAUGAUGAGCUGAAAGAACUAAAAAGAGGAAAUACUGUGUCAAAACAUUCAUCGGUUCGAUUACUUAGCCCUUUCAUAGACCAGAGGGGAACACUCAGAGUGGGGGGUAGGUUGAGAUUAUCUGACGAAUCCUUUCACGCAAAACAUUCUGCUCUAUUGCCAAGCUAUCAUCCAUUUACCCGAUUACUUCUCACAUCCUACCAUCUCAAGUUGCUUCAUGGUGGUGGCCAACUCACUCUAGCCACUGUGCGUGAAGAAUACUGGCCCCUAAAUGGAAGGCGGAUGAUGCGAAGCAUUAUACGAUCAUGUGUUAAAUGUGUCAGAGCAGAUCCAGUUCCAAUCCAACAGCGUAUUGGUCAAUUGCCCGUACCCCGAAUCACUGCAAGCAGACCUUUCACCGUUACUGGCGUUGACUACGCUGGACCAGUUUACCUACGAGCACCGCAUAAACGAGCCGCGCCACCAAAAGCAUAUAUUAGCGUUUUUGUAUGUUUUUCAACGAAGGCGGUGCACCUAGAACUCGUCUCCGAUCUAACAACCGCUGCCUUUCUAGCCGCUUUUCGGAGAUUCACUUCUCGUCGCGGUUUACCCACCCACGUUCACUCCGAUAAUGGAAAGAAUUUUCAAGGAGCAAAAAACGAACUACAGGAGUUAUAUCAACUGCUAUCAAAUGAGAACGAAAUUUGCAAAAUCCAAUCCAAGCUUGCCAGUGAUGGAAUUACUUGGCACAUGAACCCACCAAAGGCUCCACACUUCGGGGGUCUUUGGGAAGCAGCAGUAAAGGUAGCCAAGAAACACCUUCACCGCCAAUUGGGCAACGCGAGACUUUCAUUCGAGGAUAUGUGCACGGUGCUGGCGCAAAUCGAGGCCAGCAUGAACUCCCGUCCGUUGACACCAUUAACAGAGGAUCCAAACGAUCUUAACUCGCUCACUCCGGGGCACUUUCUCAUCGGAAACGCGAUACACUCAAUGCCAAAUCCGGAUGUCCGAUGCAUCCCAACUAAUCGCCUCGACCAUUAUCAGCGAAUGCAAUUGCUGCAUCAACAAUUUUGGCAUAGGUGGCGAACGGAAUAUCUGCAGGAACUGCAACGCGAGACGAGCGUUCGUUCAGCAAACACGAACAUUAAACCCGGACAGCUGGUAGUCAUCCUCGACGAAUUCCUCGCGCCGCUAAAAUGGCCGCUGGCGCGCAUCAUCAGUAUACAUCCUGGCCCCGACGAUCUCGCUCGUGUAGUUACUUUGCGAACUGCUAAAGGCGUCAUUCAACGACCGGUAGUAAAAAUCUGCUUGCUACCAACACAGCAUGAUGAAACAGCGUCUGCAGACACAUCGACAACAAAGGAAAACAUCCCACAACCAGUCCCAACAGAUGAUGAUCCGGAUCACAGCACUGCGGAAGAAAAUUUAUAUAGUCAUUAA